CUUCCUCUCGUGCUCCCAAUCCCACGCUAUCUAAACAGCUUAAGUGUUCUUAGACAAGCUCAGAAGACUAUCAGACCUCUCGCAGGUAAAGCUAUGGUGCAAGAGACUGCGCUGAUUGACUCCCUCGAUCGCGCGUGGCGACGAGGCUUAAAAGACCGGAAGCACAAAGUCAUCUUUGAGCAAUUUCGCACAACUUCUGCCAUAGAUGGCGCCCUUGCUUAUGAGAUUCGCUAUCUACCGUCAUUGACGAAGAAGUCGUCUGCCAUGACCUCAAGGAAUGCAUCAAGGGACGCAUCUGAUGCAGAGAGUGACCGAGAGGCAGAGGACGAACGCUCUGCUCAGCAUUCUAAACAACAGAUGAUGUCUCUCGUGACCAAAAACGGCAGACUCGCGACAUCUAGCUCGCCAGAUGGAGCUCACACAAGCAAUACAACGUCAGAAGAACCGCCUAAACGCGAUCCUUUUGCUCCGCCAAGAGACAAUAUUGUCAAGGAAUACGCAGAGUAUACUCUAGUGCUCAACAUGUAUCCCCUCGAGAGAUACCAUUUUCUCUGCGUCACAAACGACUUUAUACCACAGACUGGACGGCUCCGUCCGCAAGAUCUGGUGCAAAUGUGGCAGAUACUAGGUGAGUUGGCGCCUGAUUGCAGGCCGUAUGGUUUCUUCAACAGUGGCGAAAAGGCAGGUGCAAGUCAACAGCACCGCCAUAUGCAGUUCAUGCGGGUCAGUGAGCUUGAUGCUGCAAAGAAGGGUCUGGAGACAUUGCCAGAAGCCAUCAUGCGACUACAGCAUGUUUAUGAAUCCCAACAUGCAGACGUUUUCGUGCAUCCCGACUUGCCGGCAGCGCAUUUUCUGGUGAUGCUGCCAGAAGGUGCUUCACAGACCUAUAUCUUCAAGCAGUUCAAUCGGCUUCACGAGCUGGCACAAGAAGCGUAUGAUGCAUCAAUCACAGGGGACACGCACAAGGAUGAAUCAGAGGAGAUGCCUUACAAUUUCCUCAUGACGAAGCGCUGUAUGAUGAUUCUGCCACGCAGUACAGGAGCCUAUGAAGGCUGUGGCGUUGGCGGUACAUGUCUCGUUGGCUGCUUGUGCGUUGAAAACCAGGACGAUGUUGAGCUGCUGAAGCAGGCUGGCUUCAGAGCAAUUAUGAAGCAUGUUGGCAUUUCUUUUGUUGGACACUAGCGACCAGCACAUCUGCGAGACUAUUGGUCUGACAAUGACGACAGGAGAUGGAAUAUAGACGGCAUUUCUGGAUGAUUGUGACUGCGGGUAUAUGAAUAUUCAGCGACCUGAUUUCUCACGGGCAGUCACGCACCAUCUUUGGUCUUGUAGACUACCGUACGCUAGUUACAGCAGUUCACGACGUCUUUUCGCAGGAGCCUUGCAUCUUUGCGCACAUUCUCCACCUCAGUCGUCUGCUCAGGU